GGUGGAGGCGAUGGCGGCCAUGUUGGCCAUGGCGGCUGAGGGGGCGGCUGAGGGGACGGCGACGCCAGGCCGAAGAAUCUCCCGCGGCCGCCUGGCCAACCAGAUCCCCCCCGAAAUCCUGGGCGACGUGAGGUUGCAAGAGGCCGUGCGGGCCCUACCUGACAACUACAACUUUGAGAUCCCCAAGACCGUCUGGAGGCUCCGACAGGCCCAGGCCAAGAAGGUCGCCCUGCAGAUGCCCGAGGGUCUCCUCCUGUUUGCCUGCACCAUUGUGGACAUCCUGGAGAGGUUCACGAAGGCCGAGGCUGUGGUGAUGGGGGAUGUGACGUACGGUGCCUGCUGCGUGGAUGACUUCACUGCCCGAGCCCUGGGGGCUGACUUCCUGGUGCACUAUGGGCACAGCUGCCUGGUGCCCAUGGACAUCUCGGCCGGGGGUCUCCGGACCCUGUACGUCUUCGUUGACAUUCGGAUCGACACGGCCCACCUGCUGGACUCCGUUCGCCUCACCUUCCCCCCGGCCACGGCUCUGGCCCUGGUCAGCACAAUCCAGUUCGUUUCCACCCUGCAGGCGGCCGCCCAGGAGCUGCGGGCCGAAUACCAUGUGAGCAUCCCCCAAUGCAAGCCCCUGUCCCCGGGGGAGAUCCUGGGCUGCACGGCUCCCCGCCUGCCAGAGGCCACGGAGGCCAUCCUCUACCUUGGGGACGGCCGCUUCCACCUGGAGUCCAUCAUGAUCGCCAACCCGGGAGUCGCUGCUUACAGGUAUGACCCAUACAGCAAGGUCCUGUCCCGAGAGCACUACGACCACGAGCGCAUGCGGGCCGCUCGGCAGGAUGCCAUCGCCGCCGCACGCAAGGCCCGCUCCUGGGGGCUCAUCCUGGGCACCCUGGGCCGGCAGGGCAGCCCCAAGGUCUUGGAGCACCUGGAGUCGAGGCUGCGAGCCCUGGGCCUUCCCUUCCUGCGGCUUCUGCUCUCCGAGAUCUUCCCCAGCAAGCUCAGCCUACUGCCCAAAGUGGACGUGUGGGUGCAGGUGGCUUGUCCCCGCCUCUCCAUCGACUGGGGCACAGCCUUCCCCAAACCUCUGCUCACCCCCUACGAGGCGUCUGUGGCCCUGCAGGCCAUCCCCUGGCAGCAUCCCUACCCCAUGGAUUUCUACUCCGGCAGCUCCCUGGGACCCUGGACCGUCAACCACCCGAGUCACCGGCCGCCCCGAGGCCCCUGCAGGGACAAGCAGGCGAAGGAGGCCCCGCCUUGCAGAGGCUGCGCCCGCCAGGAGGAGGCGCCCGCGCCGCCGCGCUAAGCCCCGCCCCCCGCCGCCGCAGAUCCCGGACCCCCGGAAGAAGAGCCACGCGGCUGGUGGUUCUCGGAGCCAGAGGCGGCCACGUUUUCGGCCCUGGAGGAGCCGUC